AGCUUUACUUGGAUUAUUUAACUCCAAACGGAUUAAUGGAGUUUAAGGCAACCGAAUCGACCGCAUUAGUGCACAUAAUCCAACGUGUUAUAACUGAAAAUCCUUGAGUCAUGGCAUUGGUAUGGCAGAAGUCUUACGGUACGUCGCCACAAGUAAUUUAACAACGAGUUACGUGUAUCUCAAGCCAUAAGCAGUUACCCACAAUUCCAAAGAGCUCAUUUCAUAGUAACGUGUACAAAUGAAACGGUUUAGAUGGUUGCUAGCAGCUCAACAACCACACAAGCGCAAGAUUUGCGUACAAAAACGACAAUAACAACCGCAACCGUUAAGGCGGCAACUGCAACAACAACAAACAUAGCAACGACAGUGGCAAUUCAUAGUCCACCAAAAGGACUAAGUACACUAACAGCAAUAAGUGGAACUGCAAAUACUACAGCUACAGUAACAGUAACAGCAAAUGUUACAAACAACAGCAAUAAAAAUUUACCAACAGCAACAGCAGCAGCAGCAGUCACAUCAACACCAACACCAGCAGCAGCCACAACAACAACCACAACAAUUUUACAAGUGCCAUUGCCAGCAGCACGUACUACAAUUAAUAGCCACAGUAACAAAAAUACGAACAACAACAUUAACCACAAUAUCAAAUGCAACAUUAACAAUUUGCCAACAACCGCCUUAAAGACAACAACAGCAGCAACAUCAUCAUCAUCAGCAGCAGCAGCAGUUACAGCAAAUGUUGUAGUAAAUAGCAUAAAUUUUAAUGCACAAUUAAUUAGCAGUCAUAACAACAGCAGCACUGGCAUCAACAGCACCAGCAACAGCAACAGCAGUAACAAUCACAACACCAGCAGCAAAAAUAUCAGCAAUAGCAACAGCAAUCAUUGCAACAACAGCACAAAUAUAAACAUUUCGCAUAACUCAAGUGGCAACGUUGCAAAUAUGCCCGGUCGGCAUAGUUGGGAUCCAGGCCGUCUUGGAGUUGAGCAUUUAGCAGGCGCCUUGAGUCCAUUAUGCAUAACUGACGCUAAUCAUGAAAUUGUGCGACCAAAGCCAAGAAGUGAACUUCUGCAGAAGUUCAUUGCUCCGUUUUGGAUUUGGACAGUUGGGUGCUUGGACGUUUGGGCGCUUUGGUGCUUGGACGUUUGGGUGCUUGGGUGCUUGAACAUUGAGAGAACAGAAGUGUUUUGUAUAGAAAACAUGAAAACUGUAAAGAACAAACAUUGUUUAUUGUUUAAUAAAGACAACAAUGCCCAAUAG